AUGGAGUGGUCAACCCAAUCCUCACCGCUUCAGGUGCAGCCUGUUGAGAUGCUUCAGAAGGCACCAGAUCUCUCCUUCCUCGGGCGACGGACAAUAGCGCCUCGGCCUUUGUCAGAGGCAACCGAGAUAUUUGACACUGACAACGAGGAUGAUCCCGACUCACUUCCCAGACCUUGGGAUUCGCAGGAUGACGACAGUCAGUCGACUCUGUCGUCGAGUCGGGACGAGCUCCCAACUCCUCCUCAGAGUGGUGGCCUUGACGGCUUCGAGUUCCAUUUCGACGACCGAGCAGUUUUGGGUCCUCGAGGGCCUCACUUGUUCAGUGGCACUCCUGACAUCCUGACAAAUCCCGACGACGACAUCUUCCUCAAUAUCUCCCCGGCUGCCGAGCCCAAGACUCCAGCCAAACCUAUCAACGCACUCAACACUGCCGUCGCAGAACUUGACGAAUCCCAGGUUCGGCAUUGGACUCCUCGACAGGUGGCUGAUUGGAUGGCCGAAGCAGGCUUCGAGCCAGCCGUCGUGGAGAAGUUCCUCAUCCACGACAUCUCCGGCAGCGUCCUGAUUGACCUUCAAUUCGAGGAUCUCAAAGAGCUCGACAUCAGCUCCUUUGGAAAACGCCACAGAGUUAUGAGCUCGAUCCACCAACUCCGAAACAGCAGCAUGAUCACCCUGGAAGCACCACUCUCAAGAACUCCUUCCCGGAAUACCAGAAGUCCUCGAGCUGUGCAGCGGGUGGCUCGCCCAGAAGAAUGCCAUGUGGUCGUUGAUCGAUCUCGGUCCCGCAGACGAGGCCGCCAACCCGACAUCGUCACCCCUGCCGAGUCAGUCUCCAUUGUUGGAAUCGAGCAGGUCCUCCCCAAAGAGCACAAGUGCUCGAAAGGCGAAGAUUGCCCAAAGUGGCAGAAGCAACAGCGGAGAAUUCUUCGUAUGCAGCGCGCAUGGGAGGAUGAUGCCCGCCGGCCUGUAUCGGAGGCCCAAUCCGAAGCCUUGCCGUCGGUCGUAGGCUCCUCAGACGUCCUUGGACCCUCUUCUGUAAAGAUCACCGCCGAGACCCUUAGCGGUGUUCAGCCCCGAGAUCCACAGGAGAGCGUUCGACAGUUCCUCACCUUCCAACACCUCAACAGUCCGACGCACUCCAGUAACCCUUCCCCGCCUCCUGCAGCAUCUGCUUCAUUUGCCGUCAAGUCAGCCAACCUCGCCGAGCAUCUCCGUGGGCUUCCCAAGCUCACCAUACCCGUGGGACAAAGUCAAGAUGAGAUUCCCUCGAGGACACCAAUCUCUGCUCUCCAACAACCUACUCAGAUCCAGGCUCAACUCAAGGCGCAGCUUCUGCGCGAUCCAUAUCACUAUGGCGGGGUGGCCUCACCAGCUGACAUCUACCGUAUAGACACUCCCAUGUCGGCCACCGAUAUUCCCAUCACUGCAAUGGCUGCCGACCCCUGUCAACGCGAUGUGUCUCAAUCUGUGCCUCCCGAGAUGCGGUAUGGUGCGACAUCGAUAACAAUCAGCCCACCUGACCCCAUUCAGCGUUGUGUAUCUACUCAGCCUGCCCCUCCACGGCGGCACAUUCGACAGCAGUCUUUCACGCCGUCUGUGGCACCUGUCAAGGAGAACGAUACACAGGAACCGCGUGCCGCCGCACGAGUCACUGAAAUUGAACUCGCCCACCACCAAGGCUGGAUGCGGAAGCGGAAGACUACUCGCAUGCUCCGACACGAGUGGCAAGACAACUAUUGCACACUGGUCGGCCAUAAGCUGACAAUGCACGACACUCACUACGCCAACGCCACUGCCCUGGAGGAUAUUGACGUGGAUGAAUACACCCUGCACGCCUACGCACAGGCAUCAGGAUCGAAACUCAGCGCAGCCUUCAAGAAAAGUCUCCUCGGCCAAGGAAAGGUUCCCGCCGGCGAGCACAGCUUCGCCUUCUCCCUCAUCCCCGACAGUGAGAAGGUAAACAGGAGGAUCUUUGAAAAAGGCCAAAAGUCCCACCACUUCGCCGUCGACAGCUCCAAAGAGCGCAUCGAGUGGAUGAGGAAGCUGAUGCUAGCCAAGGCCAUGAGGAAGAACGACACCUGUCGGAUCUGA